GAUCUUGGAAGUCAGAAUCGCAUAGAAGCCAAUGGCCAAAUGAGAAUAGACAAGUCCACGUAACAAGGAGAGGCACGCCCAGCGGGCAAAAAGAAUGGAGAACUCCAUAUAUAAGCAGGAGAGACAGCCCUUAAAGCCAACCCAAUAUCCAUAUAUUGAAAAAGAAGAAGAAGAAGGAACAUGGAGACUCAGUCUCAGAGCCCUGUCCCCCUCAGGGAAGUCGCCCCUGAAGGCAACUCAGUAGACGUGUGCUGCAAAACUGGAGAGGGUUGGACAUGUGUGGUAACCAAGGCCUCAGGCCCUGAUGCCGGCAAAUCCAUUAAAUGUGAUGAAAAUUGCUCGCUCACUAUCGAGGGGGACAAGGUGUGCAAAGAGGAGACGAAGGAGGUUGGUGAUAUUGCCUGCUGCAAAUGUGGUGAAGGUUGGAGCUGUGUCGUUUCCAAAGCCUGAAUGCUAUGUGCCACAUGUACCACUUAUCUUGAUAAUACAUGCCAAAUAAAUUCCGUCCUCAUUAUGCUGCAGAAAAUAAAGGAUUGUGUAUCACCAUGAAGGUUUUGCACAACCAACAGCUGUCUGUAUUACCGACACGCUGUUUAAUUAGUUCUUGUCAUGGUUUAUAUCUAAUAUUGGCUCUUCUUUCUUCUC